CACCAUUAAUAACAUCAUCAUUAUCAUCAUCAUCACUAGCAAGCAACAUCAUAAUCGAUGUCAGGCCGUCGUACACAAUCGUUGCCGGCCCAUAUGCUCGAACCGGCUAAACCAGAGCGUGGACGAUGCGUCACAGCCAUCUGUUUUUCGUGGAAAGUGAUCACUUGUAUUGUGUCGCACGUGACAUUGGUUUUGUUGGUGGUUUCCUAUUGUGUUGGCGGUGCUUAUUUAUUUCAACAUUUAGAGCGGCCCCAUGAAAUUGAGGUUAAAAAAGGCAUUCACAAUUUACGUUUAAAUCUAACCGAUAAAAUCUGGAAUCAUUCGUUUAAUCUAACCGUUUUAAACGAAGUUACCUGGACUAAUGUGGUAAAGGAUGAUUUACAAAUGCUUGAGAAACAAAUACUGACAGCGAUCAAGACUAAUGGUUGGGAUGGUGAUGAGGAUGUAACAAAAUCACAAUGGACAUUUGCAGGAUCAUUGUUUUAUUCGAUUAUUGUUAUAACAACCAUUGGUUAUGGACAUAUUUCACCGCGUACGGAUUGGGGUAAAGUCACCACAAUAUUUUAUGCUAUUGUCGGAAUACCACUUAUGCUGCUAUGUCUUUCCAAUAUUGGUGAUGUUAUGGCCACUUCGUUUCGUUUCAUUUACUGGCGCGUUUGCUGUUAUGUUUGUACACGUACCUCAAAAAAGUCACGGGCCCGAACGCGACAACGUUCUGUCAAGGGUCAUCGUUAUUCAUCGCGUUCGCAGCCACCUGCAUUUCGCAGAUCCAUUAAAAUGUCGCAGAGAUCGGCCCAUGGCGCAAGUAUGGGCGGUGGCAUGCAGCAUGCUCAUUCUGAUCCAGAGUUGAGAACGGUUGGCAGACAUGACUAUGAUCGUGACUUUGACUAUGAACGUUCCAACGAUCGCCGCAUGCAUCGUGCGGAUGGCCGUGGUGGUGGUGAUCGUAGACGUGAACAUUUAAUGAACAUGGCACCACCACCGCCAAGAGGUAGUACAAGACAUUUGCCACCAUAUGAAGACACUCACUAUUUUCAAGAUGAUGGUCCUUCCUAUACUCAGACUCUGAAUAGGGGAGCACGGUUUAGUAGUCGCCAUAGAAAUCGUGAACGUAUGCGUGAUCGUCAUACGGUGGAAAGAGAGCGUCAUUUAAGCAGAUCGAAACAACAUUUUGACUCGAUGGAGGAGUUAGAUGAUGUGCCACCAACCAAAAGAGCCACGAGUGUGCGUUCGGUAAGAACACCAAAUCUGAGAAGAGAUGAAAUUUCUAGAGAAAGCCGUGAGACUAGAGAAUUGAAUCGCCUUAAUUCACAUCCCAGUAUGCCCAGAGGUAAAUCAAUGCCCAACUCAAAUGCCCGUGCAAGAGCAAAAUCGGUGGAUCCACGUCUAUCGGCCGCUCAGUUUGAGGAAGUAGAUGAAGAAGUUGUGCGCAAAACUCCCAUCAUAUCUAAUCGUUAUGCCAUUGUCGAAAUGGAACAUCGUGAAUCGAGAAAUAAAUCGUAUUUAAGAAGUCAAUCUAUGCCCAGAUCGGCCUUUCACAAAAACACCUUAAAUCAUGCGCCCUCAAGACACUACGAAGAUGAUAUGCCAAAUCAUGUGAACAAUCACCAGAGUAAUCAACGUCAUCAACAGCCUAGAAGAGCUAGUUUGGGUAGACAAACCUCACUGGGUCCGCCUUUAACAAAUUCAAGAUACGGCAAUCAUUUGGAAUUGCCCGAGUUUAGCAAACACCAUGGUCAACGCAUGAAAAGAGGAGCUUCCCCCAGACGCCAUGACAUCUAUGAGGAAGAUUAUGAUGAGACAUUUUUAGAGGAACCAGAGGAGCAUAUACAUAUGAGUCGUAGAGGUGGAGGUGGCAGGGAUUAUGAUGAUAUGGAAUAUUAUUCACCCAGAUCAUCGAGCCAUAGAAAAAGAAGUCCCAGAAAACCAGAACGUUUGCCACCCUCACCGCGCAUUAUGUCACCCAUGGGAUUUGCCGUCAAGAGACAAGUACGGAGACGACCUAGUUAUGAUUACGACGAUGAUUCCCAGUACGGUGAUGAAUGGAGUGAUUACUAUGGUGAUAUAUCUCCCAAAGAUCGUCCGGUGCCCAUUUGGCUGUGUGUUUUUCUAGUCAUCAGUUAUAUAUUGGGUGGUGCCGCGUUAUUUGCCUACUGGGAGGAGUGGUCAUUUUUAGACUCAGCCUAUUUUUGUUUUAUAACUCUAACAACCAUAGGUUUUGGUGAUUUCGUUCCCGCCAAGGGUGUCAAAGAUGAAUCGGAACAAUCUAUAGCUUAUUGCUCGUUAUAUUUACUGUUUGGCAUAGCUCUUUUAGCCAUGAGUUUUAAUUUAGUGCAAGAAGAAUUUAUAGCAAAUGUUAAAGAAGUGGCCAGACGUUUGGGCAUUCUAAAAGAUGAAGAUGACGAGGAUGAAAGAGAUUAAAAAAAAACACAAUUAUUUUGUUAAUUAAUUUAUGUGUAUUAAAAAUUGUAUUUAUUCAGCUUUUAUUUACAACUAUAUGUACAUCAAGCAUUUAAAAAAGAAAAUGAAAAAUGAAGAAAACUUAGUUUGAAUUUGAAAAAAAAAGAAUAAAGAAAAAUGUAUUUUUGCAAAAAGAUACAAAUAAAAAUAAAAUUAAA